AUGACUGAAACUGCAGUUUGCGUUGGAACAUUCACUGCUGUGAAGACACUUUGGGAAGUGAGAAUACACAAGAUAAAUGAAGAAUUACAGAAAGAAAAGGAAUUCAGACAGAGGCUACUACUUGUCUGGGAGGAGAGAGCUGCUUUAGCAAAGCUCAAAGAAAAAGUUAUUAAUGAAGAAGGAAGAGCAAUUUUAAGGAUAGAGGAAGAAGAAUGGAAGACACUACCUUCGUGCUUAUUGAAACUAGUUCAUCUCCAGGAAUGGCAGCUUCAUAGAACUAGUUUGCAGAAAAUUCCUCAGUUCAUUGGAAGAUUUCGCAGUCUUGUUGUUCUGGAUCUAUCCCGGAACUCAAUUGAAAGUGUACCUAAAGAAAUUGGCCAGCUGACUAGCCUCCAAGAGCUGCUUCUCAGUUACAAUAGAAUAAAGUCUGUUCCUAUGGAAAUAAGUAACUGCGUCAGUCUGGAAAGAUUGGAACUGGCUGUCAACAGGAGUAUCUGUGAUCUUCCUCCUCAGCUCAGUGAUUUAAAGAAGCUUUCACACAUAGAUUUGUGCAUGAAUCAGUUUACUACCAUCCCUUCAGCUCUUCUCGACAUGCCAAAUCUAGAAUGGCUAGAUAUGGGGGGAAAUAAACUCCAGGAGCUUCCUGAUGCAAUUGACAGAAUGGGAAAUCUCCACACUUUAUGGCUCCAAAGGAAUGAGAUAAGCUCUUUGCCAGAAACCAUUGGUAAUAUGAAAAAUCUUAGUACUCUUGUUCUUAGCAACAACAAACUUAAGGAUAUUCCAGCUUGUAUGAAGGACAUGACAAAUCUGAGAUUUGUCAACUUCAGAGACAACCCACUGGAGUUAGAGGUAACACUCCCUCCAUGUGAGAAUACAGAAGAGGAGGAGCAACAGGAAAUGUUUGGCAUUGAAUUCAUGCACAUGUAUAUCCAGGAGUCACUCAAGAAAACAGGAAAUCUGGAAAGUUGUACUUCUGGUCCUUCUCCUAUCAUAAAUGCUGAUGAAUAAAGAAUGUAACUAGACUUUGGUUGUGGUUUCUUGCAUGCCACAAGUGGCCCAGCUACUCAUUCUCUGAAAAUAAUUAAAUUCUACUGGUCCAAGUCCUACUGAUUUAAAGAAGUCUUUGCCUACAUAAUGUGUCCAGUCACAUUUGUGAUGGCAGCACAAUGCAAUAAC